GUGGAUGGCUGAACCUUGAGGUGGAAUGACUAGAUAGGACUUAGGACAAGUCCCCUAAAACUUGACAAGCUGUCUGAUGGGUUAUCCUUCUUAAAAGGUUGGGUUAGCAAAAGGGGGUAAAGAUGCCGGACGCAGAUGGAAUCGAGCGGGGCCCGGCCGCUACGCCAGAAGGCAUUGUCAAGGCCCUUGAGAAAAGGGAGUUGGCACGGCUACAAGUGUCGAAAGUUGACAUCUUCCUGUUCGAAAGGGAAAGGGUGUCAAAGUGGUUGGAGCUGCUGGAACAAGUUACAGUCGAGGAUGAAGGCCUAAUCAGCACCAACUAUGAUGGGGACAUGUAUGACAAGUUUGGGUACUAUCUUGACCCAAAGAUCCCUGGAGGUACAAGGAAGGAAACCCUACGGCGAGCCGAGGCCGGCGCACCGCCCGCUCCUCCGACUAUGUUCCAAAUGUGGCAGGAGAAGGAGGUCCGCUGCGACAUCAGGGUAGAGGAAGUAGGAGAGAACGAGGAAGUGGAGCAAGGAAGGAAAGCCGGCACCAUCAAGGAAGAGCCGAUCAUAGUGGAAUCGGAUGACGAAAUAGAGGAAGACUGUUGGAACAGGCUAAGACAUGCUAAGAUAGGGGAAGACUGCUGGAGGGAAGCCCGACAAACGAUGGAAAGGAUGGAAGACUUAGUGGCUAAAGUCGGAAGGUACCAGCAGAAACUAACCGAUAUGUGUACGAAGGUUGAGGAGUGGAGAGGCAAGGAGCCGCUGGUGUACCUCUACGAUAUGGGUCCAGGGUUGCAAGGUGGGUCUGGGAACUUACCAGGCGUCACGACUUCAGAACCGGCGCCUCGAUGCGGCAUGACGUAUAGGCCACCCUCUAGGACGGGGAGAGCACCGCAUGCUGUCAGAACGAGGGUCAAGGGGCCAGUGAGCCCCGAGGAGUCGGCAAAGGAUGCUCUUGAGCCCAGUGGGGAGAAAGAGGUGGUGGAUGUUCCAGAGGAAGAGGAUGAUGAGGACGAUAGGCUGAGAAAAGAAGAGGACGAGAAGGCUGAGCAAAGGGCUUAAAAGAGAGGCGCCAAACCCGACACG